AUGCCAACAUGAGGUCACUUAGGUUUACAAGAUAGAGCUUCUCCUCUUAUAGAACAAUUAAUUUUUUUCCAUGAUCACGCUAUAGUAGUAUUAAUUUUAAUUACAACAUUAGUUGGAUAUAUAAUAUCAACUUUAUUUUUUAAUAAUUUUACAAAUCGCUUCUUAUUGGAAGGACAAACUAUUGAAAUUGUAUGGACAGUACUUCCCGCUCUAAUUUUAAUUUUUAUUGCACUUCCUUCUUUACGAUUACUAUAUCUAUUAGAUGAAGUUAAUAAUCCAAGUGUUACCUUGAAAACUAUUGGACACCAAUGAUACUGAAGUUACGAGUACUCAGACUUUUUACAAAUUGAAUUUGACUCUUAUAUAAUUCCAUCAAAUGAAUUAUCAGAAGACGGAUUUCGACUUUUAGAUGUGGAUAAUCGAACUGUUCUACCUAUGAAUACUCAAAUUCGAGUAUUAAUUAGAGCUGCUGAUGUUAUUCAUUCAUGAACAGUACCUGCCCUUGGUGUAAAAGCAGAUGCAAUUCCAGGGCGACUUAAUCAAGUAAGUUUUUUAAUAAAUCGACCAGGAUUAUUUUAUGGUCAAUGUUCAGAAAUUUGUGGGGCAAAUCAUAGAUUUAUGCCUAUUGUUGUUGAAAGUGUAUCAGUUAAAUCAUUUUUAAACUGAAUUUCCUCAGCUAGAGAAGCUU